UAUAACAUUUGUAAGCCCUAAAAACCCUGUAAAAUUACCCUAAUCUUGGACUAUGGACAAGAACAAUAAGUGUUGUAAGCAGCAUAAAGACCAUGGGGCGCCAAAUCCACCACCACUCAAUGCCCAAAAGCAGAUUAAAUGUAGGGACCUGGAAUGCCGUUCGCGUAAGGAGAGAAUUAAAUCUACAGAGAAUAUGCCUAAGUUCUGCAAACAUUAUUGUACAACACAUAAGCACCAGAAAAGACAGGAAAAUCAUUGCGAUCAUAAAAAACAUUCUUGCAAAGAUCAUGAGUCCCCCUUUAACCACGAACAGCGCUUUCAUCGUGCUCAAAAUUCGUUUUCCAAAAACUAUUCCAAUGUUAAUUAUCAACCGGACCAAAAUCAACAGCAGUCGAAAUUAAAGGUAGAGAGGCAACCGAAACAGCCAAUUCGUCCAGUAUCUUUGCUUAAUGAUAGCAAAAAGCAGAGGCCAGUCAUUGAAAAAGGCGGCGGGGACUGCCUCCUCUAUAAGAAUCUGAGUUUUGAAGCGCACCCAUCUAGUAAAAGUGAGCACGUUGAGGAAGAGGGUGGUAAUGUUAAGGAACCUCCACUUCGGUUUAGCCACCAAAAGCAAAAAAAAGACUAUCUUGAAGCGGCCAAGGCUCAUUGCCAGGCUGUUGGCGAACGAUUCCAGAGGAAGUUCCCUCCUUGCAGUAAGGGUACCUCCUCCAACGAAUCCAAAUCCAAACCGUCCAGAGUUACAGUGAUCAGUGCGAAGAGCGGAGACGAUCUCAGAGCAGCAGUUCGGUCUCAAAUAGAAGUCCAAGAGGCCUUAAGCGCGUUUGCACUUGAAGUGAAAGAUAAAAGAGAGGAAGUACCACCCGAAGAGAAAUCCAGUGGCGUGCCGAAAAAGAGCAGAAGAAUUACGUCCGAAACGAUAACUGAGAAAACAGUAGUUCCAACUGUUGGGAAUUCCCUAUUAAGCAUUUUAACGCCAGACGAUCUAGAACUCGUAAAUCUAAGUGACAGUUCUAAUGAAGUAGCUGUUACUAAAAUACUUGAUCCGGUUAUGAGAAACAUUCAACGCAUGUAUCUGAACACUCUGAAAGACGAAAUGAUCCUCAUGGAGUAUCUGGCUAAGGUCCCGACAUUAAUUAAAAAAGUUUAUAAGCAACCAACCGAAGAAAAGGAGCAAAAAACACCAACGGAAUCUUAAAAGCACAUUUGAAUUAUAUUUAUGUAAUGUUUAUAUAUUUUAUCAGUAAAAUAUUAUAAAAGGCAGUAGCAAAUGAUCUCAGUCAAAAUAGAAAAGAUGCGCUGAACAAUUUAAAAGUUCUUUACAUUAAUAAAUUUACA